UCGAGUGAGGAGCGUAUUUUGGAGGCCGGAAAAUCCGUGAAAACUGUCGGGUUACUCAAGCCACGCAGCACACACACACACCCCAGCCAAAAAAAGAUGAAAAUCCUGUGAAAAGCAGCCAACUUAGCAAAUUUUAAGAACAAUUAACAAGACUCCGCGGAAAAACACACAAAUUAAAAGCAGAGAAAAGCCUCCGCAUAAGGACUUUUGAAGGAAAACGUCGACUUUGCGUUUUUCCUACGGCUUUUCCAUCGUUUUUUGGCCAGCGCGAAUAUCGAUUGCUGACUGCCUUGCAUAAGUCCACGAAGAUUAGUAUACAAACGCAGUCAAAAGCGCCUGGAAAAGCGAUUCAAAUGACAACGAACAACACGGCGUACUCGUAGUAAUUAAGUUUUUUAAUCAUCCAUAUUGAAGUCAUCAUGGAGCAGGUGAAGUUACGGAUCUCAAAGCCUGGCCCAGACAAUUGACACGAAGAAAAGACAACACGAUUUACCCGGAUAUAUAUAGAACUUGAAUUCUCCCUUGCGUGUGUGUGUGUGUGCUUGCCCCUGUUUCGCUUUUAUUUUCUUUUUCAUUUUAUUUCUUUUGUUGCCGUUUGAAAAUGGAUAUUGCCUUGCGUGGCACAAACACAGCAUCAUCCACAUCAGCGACUGGAACUGGUGAGUCCUUGGGAUCCCUGGCUCAAAGGCACAUAAUCACAUCUUUUAUUCCGCUGGCAAAUGAAACAUCGACCUUUUCAUUUACAGGCCUGCAUCAUGCUGUGUCAUUGGGCAACAUUGAGGUCUCCACCAAGACUACCUACUCCAGCCACAUGGAUCGCAGCUACGACUCCGAAGACGAACACACUGGUCGCCGCAGACUUCGCCACACGCUCUCCACCGAGUUGCAGCCUCGCACUUCAGUUUACUCACGAGGAGAUAUUAGGGAACAGUACUGCCUCACAGAUCGCCAGCUGCACAGCAUAGAGCAGCGUCCUAGGCGAGAACGAUUCUUCGGCUGCCUUUCACGUCGUGGUCAAACGCAGUCGGGCAGUUUUUUGGGUGGCUGCGUGGGCCGGCGAGUGCCCUCCGAUGAGAAUCUGGCCGCCUACGCACCGUUUGAAAAGUAUCCACGCUACCAGAACAACUACACAGACACACACGAAUUGGAAAGUUCCUAUUUUCGCCGACAGCCGGCUUCGAUUCUGAGCACUGGUAAAUCGAGUGAAGCGGACCUGGGUGGCCGCUACUCCUGGAUAGGUCAGCAGCAGGUGACCAACAACAACUCCGACUACCAGUCGGACCACAGGGCAACUUGUUGUACAGCACCACUUGAAUCCUUUUACCAGGAUGUUUUGCUACGGAAUUAUUAUGUCGAGCUUUGCGCUCCACCAAAUCCUACACCACCAACAUCACACACCAAUCAAAUCGCUAAUCUAAAUGUUUGCUCGUAUCACUGCCCCACAUACGCCACGAUGCCAACCACACACCACCAACACCACCAUCAGCAGCAGGGCGGAAGCGCCAGAACAAAACACGUAAGCUUCGCCAGGUCCCACACACUCACCAGCUUCGACAACGUUAAUGCCGGAUUUCGAUCUUCGGGGCGUUUGAAAUCCGCCCGGAGCCAGGAACGAUUAAUUGGGGGCAAGAAACCUAUUAUUGCCACAGGAUCCCUCUACGAGACCCUGCAGCCACCGCUCCAAGGCCAGCAGCAGCCUCAGCAGAUGCAGCCGCAACAAAGCUCCACUCUGCCCAAGAGCUGGCUGCCUCCACCAGUUCAGCUUCAGCCCUGCCAGCACCACCAUGCCCCGAUUCACCUGCACCAGCCCAUUCCAGAUAACAUGGUUGGCCUAAUCAUACCGCAACCGCUGCCCUUGGCUCUUCCACUGCCCAGUCCCGAAGUUCUCAUCGUGGAAAAGAAGUUCCGCAAUGCCAUGAAGACGCAGGCCACUCAAACGGAUGCAGCUGCCCGCCGUCAGGGUCAAAUUGGAUACAAUACCCAGGUGCUGGCUUUAAGUCCCCGGCCACCUCAUCGUAUUAAGGUGGUUUCUCAGGGGGCUCAAACGAAUGGCCUGCAGAAUGGCAAGAAGCUAACUAAAAGCCUCUCUGAGAUACCCAAUGGCAAGGAGGUACCAUUGCAUCAUUAUCCCCAGGGAUCCAUAUUCCCCCAUGAGAUGAUCUACCGCACCCAGUCGCAGGAUGUGACGCCUUUGCAGACCCUUUCGGAUGCCCAGAACAACAUCAUGUACUACAAGCCGCCGCCACCUUUGCUGGAUGCCCACAGCUAUGGACUUGGCAUGGAGCAUCUGAGCAGGACCCGCCCUUCGCCCUCCGAGCAGAGUGUGGAGUACGUGAAUGUGAAUGCCGCUGCAGUGGCCCUCAAUGAAAGCUUCGACUAUGAGAGCAACAGUUUGCCUCGACGAGCGUGUACCUCGCAUACGGAUUUCUAUUCGAAUAGCUUGCCCAGGCGUCAGGAUGUGUGCAAACAUGUUACGGAGUGCUCGGAACUCAUUGCCGAUAGUGUUCCCUUGGACUUUAGCCAAUCCCAUUUAUUGCCGCCACCGAGUGAGUACUGCAAGAACGACGACGAGGAUGUGGAGGAGUACUACGACGAGGAGGAGGAUCAUCCACAUGAAACGGAGAGCUAUAGCUCGGAGGUUUGCAUAGAACAGGCAGCCCAGCAUCGACGGAUGUCCAUGUUGCCCCAGAUGAUAGAUUCUCCGUUUCGUCGCGAUGAUUUGAGAAGGCAAUCCAUGCCGGUUUAUGGCCAAACGGAGAAGCUCAUCGAUGGCUUCGGACCUAGGAGCUCUUUCCGAAGGCGCGACAAGGUCAGCUGCUUUCCAGAUGAGCCGCCUGCAGCUCAAGAUCGAGAUGAGCAGGAAAUAUUUAUAGAUUUCAAGCCGCACAUCUCGCCAAAGCCGAGUCCCAAGUUGCAACUGAAGCACCGGAAGCAGCACAAGGCGGAGAUCGCCAUGAGGAAGAUGCAGCAGCAGAGGAUGGCACAGGCGGCAGCCUUGACCCUGCCGAAACCAAAGCCACAGCCAGUCGAAGUUGAGGUUAGAAAAGUUGAACUUGAGCCCAGCGAUGAGGAGGAGGACGAAGACGAAGCCUCCGAACCCGAAGAAGAAGACGAAGAGGAGGAUGAACAGAAACUGGAAACGGAUCACCAGGAGGAUGAGGAGCCACUUUACGAGAACAUUAUCCCCUGUGGCUGCCGAGUGGAGCCCCAGCCAGAUGUCGAGAAUAUCCAAGAUAAGCGGUCCCAGUUCCGCAAGCGUUCCGUCAGUUUGGACGAUGACUAUGAGGCCAAGACUUCCGAAACUCCUACCCCCGGGCUGCGACUCCCGUCAACUCCGGCCAGUCCUUCUCGCGAUGAACUGCUGGCCAAUGUAUCAACUUAUCCCUCCUCAGACUCGCUGGCCAAUGACAAUACACGCGAUCAUUCCGAUGGCAUAUGGAAUGAAUCGCAGGUUACUGUCUUGACGGCUGAGCAGCGCGAUAUAUCCGAUGGGUCCUACAGUUCCAACUUGCUAUUGACCCCCUCCUCGAAGAGAAAGAAUCUCCUGCUGCAGCAUCAGCAGAGAAGCUCGGUGGACACCGAUGCCCUCGAUUUUGAGGAACAAAGCCCCACCUAUGGCCUACAAACACUGCCGAAGAUCAUCAAGACGCCCACACCAACCGCAUCGAGGCCAGCUUCCACUUUACCCCUUAUGCCACCACCAGCUAUUGCCGUGACCCCAUCCUCAAAUCAGAUCCUGGACUCCUCCAUAAGUUCACCACUGCCCAAGAGGAGCAUGGUGGCCAGAGGAUCAGUUCCAGAUGCUCGACAGCUCAUGUUUAUGGGCGGAGCCGCCAAACAAAGACACUCUGAUGCCUCGUUCCUGCCCAUGGGCGCCACAGAUUUCGCCCGCAGUGCGGACAUAUCGGAGUGCAGCACGAACACAGAUGAGUAUGCCACCUGCACGGACACCUCGAAACGUACACCAGGUAUUAAGACACCGCCGACAACGACCAGUUCAUCGUCGACCACACAAGUGCCAGUUUCCACUCAGAGCUCGCAGUUGGAGAAGACGCACGCCGGGAGUUCCUUCGAGAGCGCCAGUUCCCUGUACUCCAUGAGGGAGGACCUGCUGCAGCACGACGAGAAGGAAAAGGAUAAGCAGGCCACUCUUACCAAGACCCAUCUGAAGUCUCCCAUUGGAUCGGUGGCCGAGUUGACCAAGAAAUCGCCCUCGCACUCCAUCAGCAGCACCACCUCUUCGGGCAGUUGUCCUGUCACGGGAGCAGCCAUCAAGUCUCCUGCCAAGGAAAGUUUGCCGCAAACGGUCGCCAGUUCGGGAACGUCUCAAGUGAAAGUCAGCUCGGCAGAAAGUGUCCCUCCGGGUGCUAAGCCCAAGCCCGACUCCAUAUCGGAAGAUGAACGCAGCGAAGUGCGUUACUCCUCCUCCGGCUACUACGAGAGUCCUCACGAUGAGGAUGACGAGGAGCAGGUGAAUCGAAGCAAGGCUCGUCGGCUACGACAGGAAGACGAACGGAAGAGGCGCAAGACUAGCAUGAAACUGGACAUUGAGAAGGAGAACAUGCGUGCCCUGACCAGUCCCAUUAAGAAGCCUACGAGUUCUAGCAAAAUCACAUCACCAGAGCAGCAGUCUUCUGGACCCUUGGACAAUGGCAGCAGUCCCAGCAAGAUGAAGCGCUUCCGUCCCAAGAUACGAAGACAGUUGAGGAAGAGCUCCCGGGAGGAUGUCCUUGCGGCGGCAGCGGUACGAAGAAGUCGUGCCACGCCCACUAUAUUCGGUCUGAGCAGCGGCAGUGGAGACACUGAGAUGCUGCUAGAUGCCAGCAUGGCAACUGGUGCCGUAACAGGGACAUGCACCACCACAACUGCCAUGACAACCGCAUCAGCUGCUUCCAAGGUAGCAACAUCGGAAUCAUCAGCGACCACUCUACCGGAGGCUGUAGUUAUUCCAUUGACCGUGAAGAAGCCACACAGUUGCGCCACACCCACAUCACUGCUCUCGCCCAAACUGCCCAAAUCCAGCAGUGCCCAGUCGAAGUCCACAUCGGACACGUUUCAACUCAAAGCCAAAUCCAUUGAGUCCCUGCGGUCUGUAUCACCCGGUUCGGAUUCUGUGUUCUACAGCGAAGCGGAUGGCAACGCGGCCAGUGGCGAGCACGGUGGCCACUGUCACCAUUGCGGCAAAGAGAUGGAGGGCAAGCAGCAAGGCAACACCAUCAGCGAGCUCGCAGGUGAUUCGGUGGAGUCCAUACCCUUCAUCGAACAGGAUAUCGUUAAGCCACCCUCAGACUUUGCUGACUCACCAGUGACCACCAAGACCACUCAGCGGCUGUACAAGAAGAUGGACAAGCGAUUCCGAUCCGAGGAACGCUAUCACGGCGAAAGGGGCAGGCACUACAAAACCAGGCAGGAGAAUAUCAGAGCAAAGAGUGAGGAGCGCGGACGCGUACCCAGCCUGCCCAAUACCCCUGUGCUGCGUCCUGCCGGCUCCAGUCCUUGUGUCCUGCCGGAUAUCAACACUGAGCAGAGCCAGCACAUCAUAUAUAAGGGACAUUAUGAUGCAGGACGAUAUACUCGACUGACCGAUGAUGACUUGUGGACCCAGCUGGACCACCAGUGCUUUGAUCGCUCCAGGGAACGUCGAGCUUCGACGGAGUCCGAGAAGGGCUUCCACGCCAAAUACCAAGUGAUCCUGCAUCGCCUCGUCCAGCGGCGCUGCACCCUGGAAAUGUACCAUCGCCAGAAACACAACAGCUUCCGCGUGGAUAAAACCGUGGUGGUCAAGAGCGACUCCGGUGAAUUUGGCUUCCGCAUCCAUGGAUCCAAGCCCGUGGUAGUGGCUGCCAUCGAACCGGAGACUCCAGCAGAGAGCUCUGGCCUGGAGGUGGGCGACAUUAUAAUCUCCGUGAACGGAGUCCAGGUUCUGGACAAACACCACACCGAGGUGGUCAAGAUCGCGCACGAUGGCUGCGAAAAGCUGGAGCUACAGGUGGCCAGGACCAUUGGAGUUCUAAUGCACGAGCAACUGGAGCCACCAAGCCAACCCUAUCUUCAGUGGAUACUUGUGGCGGCAGAGCGGGCAGGCCAAGGGAGCUCCGAAUUCCAAGAAAUGGGUGCGACGCUGGUUCUCCCUGAGGCCCGAUAAUUGUCUCUACUACUACAAAACUGAAGAUGACUCGCAGCCCGUUGGAGCCAUGAUAAUGGCCAAGCACACGGUGGACCUGUGUCCUGUGGAUGUGGGCAAGCCCUUCGCCUUCAAAGUGGACGCUGGAGAGGGCAUUCC